AUGCCUCCAAGCCAGCGUAUCACCCGCUCCGCCACCGCGAGGCUCAUCGCCGACGACGACGAGAACAGCAACAUCGCCAGCAGCGCCGCCGCCACCACCGCUGCCUCAUCGACACCCGCCCCUCGCAAGCGCAAGGCCGCCGCCGAGCCUUCUCCUCAGGCGGCGCGCGACCAGCGCAAGACCAAGCGCUCAAAAGCAACCGAUACCAAUCGAAUACCGACUCCCGCAGCCUCCCUCAGCAAGACCGUGAUGCCGUCUGAGGGCUCCUCCGCCGAGACGUCACCACCACAAGCGCCUCGAGAAUCAUCACGUCGGAAAUCAAGUCGCCGCAAGUCGAAAGAGAGUGGGCCAGCACAUGCAAAGAUCUCCCGCGCGCAGGGCGGUGCCGAUCUCGCAACAGACACAGCUGGAGCAGGAUCAGAUGGCAGUGAUGAACCGCCGCGUGGAUUCCCUCACGAUGAGCUCGACGCCCUGGACCGGGGCGAGGAUCCGUUCGCAAGUGGAUAUCUCGCUCGAUUUGGCGGACACGCUGGACUCUCCAGCAGCUUGCGGGCAUUGAGUGGGAUCGUUUCUGGCACCAACGGCCGUCUGCGCAACAUUCUAGAGCAACUUCGUACGAAGGAAGAGCCAUCCGUGCAGCUGAUCGCGCUCCAAGAUCUAUCGGAACUCCUUUUGGUUUCCAACGAGGACAAUCUAGCCGGCCACUUCGCUCCCGAUCAAUUCGUCAAGGAGCUGGUCACUUUGAUGCAGCCCAAUGAUUUCACGGGAGAGGAGAACCCUGAAAUCAUGUUACUCGCGUGCCGAUGCAUCGCCAAUCUGAUGGAGGCGCUACCCGCGGCGACUGCCAGCGUCGUCUAUGGAGGGGCUGUCCCCGUCUUGUGCCAGAAGCUACUGGAAAUUCACUUCAUCGACCUCGCAGAACAAGCGCUCAGCACACUGGAGAAGAUCUCUUUGGAAUUCCCCUCUUCGAUUGUGCGCGAAGGCGGCUUGACAGCUUGUCUGACCUAUCUCGACUUCUUCGCAACAAGCACGCAGCGAACCGCAGUGACCACUGCCGCCAACUGCUGCCGCAACAUUCCCGAGGAUUCCUUUCCCACAGUCCGCGACGUGAUGCCAAUUCUCUUGACGACAUUGUCGAGCAGCGACCAACGUGUCGUCGAACAGGCCUCUGUGUGCGUUUCCCGAGUCAUCGACAGUUUCAAAUACCAUGAAAGCAAGCUGGAAGAACUGGUAAGCCCGGAGCUGCUCAAAGCCAUCCUGCGGCUCUUACUGCCGGGUUCCACCAACAUGAUCGGUCCCAGCGUGCACACGUCGUUCUUGCGCGUCUUGUCCAUAACGGCUCGCGCCAGUCCACGACUAUCUGUGGAGCUGUUCAAAAUGAACGUGGUCGACACGCUCUAUCAGAUUCUCACUGGCGUCUCACCACCAGCGGGAACCGAUGGCGUUGCGGCCAAAAUUGACAAGAACGUCAUCAUGCAAUCAAUCAUUCGCACUCCACGAGAGCAGAUAUUCGAGACAUUGAAUGUGAUUUGCGAAUUGCUGCCCACCGUAUCGCAGGAGCGCCUCAUGUUCCUUGACGAUCUCCAGGACGCCGGCUUCGCCGGGUCCAAGAAUGUGACCAUGGCAACUCGCGCCAAAGCAUCCCCAAACGACAAGAGGAUUGAGUUGCUCAAAGAUUGUCCUCAACAAGUCAAGCGUUUUGCCAUCAUCCUCUUCCCGACUCUGAUGCAUGCCUAUACCAGUACGGUGAAUCUCAGCGUCCGCCAGAAGGUGCUCACAGCACAGCUGAAGAUGCUGUCUAAUCUCGACACCGAGAUUUUACAGGAGGCUCUUCGCGGUGUCACGUACGCAUCCCACCUUGCAUCGAUUCUCUCGCAGCAGGAGAACGCAACGCUUGUGACGUUUGCUUUGCAAGCCGCCGAGCUCUUGCUCAAGCGUAUGGAGUCGGUGUACAGACCUCAGUUCUACCGGGAAGGCGUCAUGGCUGAGAUUGUAAAAUUGAGCGAUCGGUCAAUGAAAGUGAAAGGUUCGCAGACAGAGCAGGCGAAGUCUGCCGCAAACCAGCCACCUGUCGAGCAUGACCUCGAGCAGCCGACGGACGGCGCUGUCAACGAUGACGUGCAGCACAUCAACGUGGACGUGGACGUGGAUGUGGAUGAGGCGGACAUUGAGGAAGACGACAAUCCGGAAGACGAUGAGCAUCCCGAAAACGACGACGAAGACGAAGAGGGCCAGGACGACGAGGAUGACGAAGACGAUGAGGACGAGCGUCCGAAUGCUCUUGAUCGAUCCGACGAUUCCGACCUGAUCUCGCCGCACACCGCACAGCAGAUCGUGGACCCACAAGACACCAUUACGUUACGAGCGCAGCGCUUCUUGCAAGCACACAAGGAUGGAGGAAGUGAAGACAUGCGCACGCGCGCUACCGAUGCCCUCGAUGAGAUCAAAACUCUUGCGACUCAAUUGACCGCCUGUUAUGAGCCCUCCAGCACCAAAGACGGGACUGUUCUUCUCCGCCAGCUCGCGAAAUACUUUGGUGGAGACGCUCUCGAGAGCAUCACAAGCUACGAAUUGAUGACUUCGGGCAUCGUUGAUGUUCUGCUAAACAUCUUCACUGUCGAAGACGACGAGGUCGCCUCUCGCGCUCGAUCUGAAUUCUUGGAAGUGUUCAUGGCGAACUCUGACCAUGCCAACAUUGCCACUGGCGAUUCGAACUCUCCUGCGACGGCAUUCAGCGUGUUGGUGCACAAGCUGCAAGACGUCCUCAGCCGCGCGGAGCAUUUUGAGGUCAUUACCGUACACCACAACGCCUUCGAGAGCAGCAGAGGCAGUGCCGCAUCCAUGCUUGCCAAGCAGCUUCGCCUCAAGCUUGCCGCCGACGAAGAUUCCGGGGUACCUCGCUCGUACAGGAAUAUCAUGGUGUCCAUCCAUGCCAUCGCCACGUUCAAAGCACUCGAGGACUAUCUGCGACCACGUAUCAGCCUCUCGGAGCGACCUCGUGGCGUUCGUCGAGAUGGUAUAUCGAGUGCCAUGGCGGCAUAUGCGGCAGCCAUGGCUGGUCGCGAUCGAGGCGACGGAUCAGGUGCACUGACACGUCCUCCCACAAAGCCCACCUCAACGAAGACCAGCGGGAAGAAGUCACCGAAGGCGAAGACGUCCACAGCUGAUGUCGCAUCUCCAGCAGGGUCAAAGAAGCCGCAAGAUCCCUCAUCUCAACUACGCCGAUCGUCACGGAGGCAAUCCGCUCAGACCCCCUCGGCUGCAAACCCGGAGCUGCCAGAUGCAGGAAAUGAGGCCAACUCGCGGGACCAUGCCGACUUGCAGACCCUGCCUGGUCCUCAGGAGCCAGUCGAGUGUCCUGAUGAAGAGCGCAUGUUGGAUGAGGACGACGACGACAUGGAUGCGGACUUGGAAGCUCUCGUUGAUGAUCUUGAGGAGGGCGGACUCGAGGAUGAUGGUCCCGAUCCUUCUGCAGUGAGCCUUGAGGUCGCCAAGUCUGGCAAGAUCACAGCUCGCACGGAGGAUGGAGCUAGCGUGGGGACGCCAUCUCAGGGAACGCAAACACCCACAGGCAGGGACGGAGUCUCGGCAUUCGCUAGACUCGCCGCUGCUCGCGAGCUCCUGAGCACACCCACCGCGACAAACCGUGCAAUGUCGUACGCAAGCGCUCUGCAACAACCUCCACAGGACUGGCACAUUGAGUUCAGUGUGAAUGGUCAGCCUAUCGCCAGCGACACAACGAUAUAUCGGGCGUGCCAUUUCAAUCAAACGCCGACGGGGGAGAUAUCUGGACGCACCAUCUGGUCAGCUACCCACACCAUCACGUUCAAACGCGUGGAUGGGCCAGCUUCGGCGGAUCGUAGCCCGCCGCUUGUACCUACGACAGACACAGCACAGUCAAACACGCUACCUCCAUCCCUUAGCGAGCAUCCAGUGACGGCUGGAAUUUUACGACUCAUGAGCAUUCUUCACGAUCUCAACGCCAACCUCGACGAUGUUUUGGCGGAGAACAAGACUUCUAUCAAGCUGAACCCUGAGCCGGCAUCUCAAUUUGUCAACACCAAGCUUACAGCGAAGCUCAAUCGCCAGAUGGACGAGCCGUUGAUUGUCGCGAGCCAGUGUCUCCCCAGUUGGAGUGAGGACUUGGCACGACUGUAUCCUUUCCUCUUCCCGUUCGAGACCCGUCAUCUCUUCUUGCAGUCGACUUCAUUCGGGUAUUCAAGAUUGAUGGCGCGCUGGCAGAGCUCACAGCCGGAGAGCGACGGUCGACAUGGACGCCACCGCGACGAGCGACCUUUUCUCGGACGAGUGCAACGACAAAAGGUUCGCAUCUCCCGCAGUCGUAUCCUCGAAUCAGCCAUCAAAGUCAUGGAGCUCUACGGCUCGUCGUCGAGUGUGCUGGAGGUCGAGUACUUUGAGGAGGUCGGUACAGGGCUCGGACCUACCCUGGAAUUCUACGCCACCGUCUCCAAGGAGUUCUCCAAGAAGAAGAUCAAGCUGUGGCGUGAGAAUGAAUCCUCGGAUGGCAGCACGUACGCAUUCGGCAAGCGCGGACUCUUUCCGGCACCCAUGAGCGAGGCAAUGUCUCGGGACGAGAACGGUACGAGGGUUCUGCACUUGUUCAAGAUGCUCGGCAAGUUCAUCGCCCGUUCUAUGCUCGACUCCCGCAUCAUUGACGUCUCUUUCAACCCGACAUUCUUCCGCAUCGGCGAUGGGUCCGCCACAGUCACACCAUCCCUCGGAGCAGUUGCGACGGUGGACGAGGGGCUGGCAAAGUCACUGAAGAUGCUACGAAAAUACGCCAGCGCUAAGCAGCGCAUUGAAGAAGACGAUCGAUUGACGGCAGUCCAGCAAGCAGCCAAGAUUGAGCAAGUCCGCGUUAAUGACGCUCGACUUGAAGACCUGGGACUGGACUUUACUCUGCCUGGCUAUCCCGAGAUUGAACUUCAGCCUCACGGAUCGACUACCAACGUCACCAUGGACAACGUGGGUGUGUACGUGAAGAAGGUCAUUGAGUUUACCUUGGGCACUGGCGUUCAGAGGCAGAUUGACGCUUUCCGAGCCGGCUUUUCUCAAGUCUUUCCAUACUCCGCGUUGAAGGCAUUCACCCCGGAAGAGCUCGUCAUGCUCUUCGGACGUGUGGAGGAAGACUGGUCACUGGAGACUCUCACGGACGCGAUCAAGGCGGACCACGGCUACAACCUCGACAGCUUGAGCGUUCGGAACCUGCUGCAGAUGAUGUCCGAAUUGCCCGCUCCGGCGAAGCGCGACUUUUUGCAGUUUGUCACCGGUAGUCCAAAGCUGCCAAUCGGAGGUUUCAAAUCCCUCACGCCGUUGUUCACGGUGGUCUGCAAGCCCAGCGAGCCGCCGUACACUUCCGACGACUACUUGCCGUCUGUGAAUACGUGUGCGCAUUAUCUGAAGAUGCCAAACUACAGCUCAGUUGAAGUACUCCGAGCUAGGUUCAAGAUCGCGAUGGAGGAGGGUCAAGGCGCGUUUCAUUUGAGCUGA